AUGGCAUAUGGAAUUAAAUUGAUUGGAGGUAUAAUUACCUUAUAUUUGUUUUAUGUAUGGACAUUUGUAUGUCCGUUGACUACAAUUGACACUGAUUCUACUAAUUCAUUAACACCUAUCAAUCAUCAUUUUUGUUCAUUAAGUAAUAAAUAUAUUAAACCUCAAUUUUAUCCAAUAUAUCAAUCCCACAUUAAUCCUGUUUUGAUCAAUUUAGAUGAAACUUUACAUGUUGGUGAAAAUAUUGAUAAAUCAAUUGAAAUAAUCCAUAAUUUUAACCAUCAAUAUAAAAUAAGUGAAUAUUACCAUCGGAUAUGUGAUUUAUUAAUUGAUUCAACUCAACAAGGAAUAAAUUAUUUCCAAGAUAAUAUAGCUCCACAAUUAUCAAGAUGGAUCAGACUAUUUAUAUUGAGAAUUAGAAUGUAUUAUGAGAUUUCUAAAAUCAAUUUAGAGUAUUAUUUAUAUCCAACAAUUAAUAAAUUUUAUAAACAAUUUGUUAGUAAAUUAAAAUCAAUUGAAUAUAUUAAUGAUUUUAUAAAUUGGAUCAAUGAAAUUUAUUUAAAAUUGGCUACAUCUAAACAUGCAUUGAAAUUACAACAAAAAUCCAAUUUUUUACAAACUGAAUUUAAAAAUUUGGUUACAUUUGAUGAUUUUAAUCCUAAACAAAUUAAAAAUAAUGUAUUACAGAUUGUUAAAGAUAUGCUUGGUGAAAAAUCAAUUGAACAAAGUUUGACUGAUGAACCAACUAGAGAUAAAAUACCAAUGGAACUAACCCCAACAGGGGAAACUACCUCCAAUGAAACACCAGUUUACCAAACUUCAAAUGAUUAUGUGUCGGUUAAUGAAGUGCAUGUGGAACAAGUUCCUGCUGAGGAAACUCCAGAUGAAGAAACUUUAGUCGAAGAGACUCUGAUUGAAGAAACGCCUGUUGAAGAAAUCCCAACUGAGGAGGAACCAAUUGAAAAAACUCUUAAGGAAGAAACAUCAAUUGAAGAAAUUCCUACUAAAGAAACCUCCAUUGAAGAAACCUUUUCUGAAGAGAUUCCAAUUGAACAAUACCUGGUUGAAGAAGAGGUUGUUGUUGAGGAAGAAAUUCCAAGUAGUAAUGAUGAUGAUGAAGAUGAUUCUGAAUUUGAACUUGAACCAGAAACCAUACAUAUAACUUCAACUAUUGUGGUAACCAAUAGUGAAGCUGAAGCUACUAGUAUUGAUGGAGCAGUUUCUACUGAUGAUCCUGUUUGGGGACCAAUUCUUCAUGAAAUCAAUUAUUGGGAAAAUAAAGUUAAUAAAACCAUGGUAUUGGCACUUAAUAAUUUGAAAAUUGAAAUGAAACCUAAAAUUGAUGAAAUUAUCAACAAUAUUAAACCAGAAAUUAGUGAUACUUUACAAGAUUUACAAAAAACCAAUUAUGAACAAUAUCAAUUGAUUCAUCGGAAAAUAUCUCAAAUUAAUAAAGAUUAUGAAGAAAUUAAAUUAACCAAUAAUAGUUUGAUUGAAACUAUUACUCGUCAAGAAAUCAGAGAUGAUAUUUCUAAUUGCACGAAAAUUUCAGAAGAUGCAUCAGCUAAAAUUCAAGAAAUUUUAAAUAAUAAUCAUGAAAAAAUUUUGACAAUUUUUUAUGAUAUAUUACAAGAUACCAUAGAUAUUUUAGAAACUUCUAGUGAAUCAAUUAUAAAUGAAUUUAAAAAUCAAUUGAAUUAUUUUAUUUAUCAAUCAGAAUUAAAAGAUUAUGAUGAUGAAAUAAAUUGGACCAUUUGGAAAAAAUAUCAUAAAAUUAAAGAAUCAUUAUUUGAAUUUAGAGACAAUUUAAUUAAAGAUGCUGAUGAUUAUCAAUUGGAUAAUAAGAAAAAUAUUGAUAAAUUGACAACAGAUUCAUUGAAUGAAUGGGAUAAUUAUUUAAAAAAUAUUGAAUUUCAUUUGAAUUUUUUGAUUCGUGAUAAUAUUGAAUUUUUACAAUUGAUUAGAGCUAAAGCUAAUAUUGCUUUUCAAAUGAGAGAAGGAUUAGCUGAUGAAUUGAAUAGAAUUAAAAGGGAAAAAGAACAAGAAAAAGCCAAGGAUAUAAAAAUUGAAACUCCUGAAUUGGUUGAUAUUCCAGUGGCAGGAGCAGUAGAUGCAAAGCAAGUAUAUUUUGAAUAUUCAGACGAUUCGGAAGAAUUGAGAGAUUUUGGAAAUGAUCUGAUUAUUGUUGAUUCAAAGGAGGAUCUUGAUAAAUCUUCAAAGAAAUCAUCAUCUGCUAGUCAAGAUACAGAGUCAGAAAUCUAUUAUUAUGAACAUACUGUGGGACCUAAUGAAGAUGUUGCUGAUGUAAAUGAUUUUAUUGUGGAAACAACAAUUGUUGAUUCAGAACAAUCUACUGCAUCAGGGGAAGCAACCAUAUUGAACCAUGACAAUGUUAAAAAUGAGACAGAAGCUAUAGAAGAAGUUGAGGUUGAAAUUGAAAUUGAGACUGAAGUAGAGGUUGAAUAUGAAACUGAAAUUGAAACGGAAAUUGUAACCAACACUCAAUUAGACAUUCAAUAUGAAACUGAACUUGAAAUUGAAUUUGAAACUGAGUAUGAGACACAAAUUGAAACUGCAUUUGAAACACAAAUUGGGGUGCCUAGUGUUGACACUUCUUCUUCAUUACAAGAUGUUACUGCCCAAUCUAUUGAGACUUCAUCAUAUCGAAGUAAUAAUGGACAACCUGAAAGUAUGAUUGAUAAAGACAACGAUGACGAAGAUGAUUAUGAUGUGGUUGUGGAAGAAGAGCAAAUCUUGAUACUAGAAGAAGAUGAUGAUGAUGAAGAAGACGAAGAAGAAGAAGAAGAAGGAGAAACUACCAAGAAAAUAUAA